UCUUACUAAAAUCACAAUUCAAAUUCAAAUUCAAAUUCAAACGUUCAAAUCAAACCGCCUUACUCUCGUCGUCUCUGCCGUUCAAUUUCUCUGUCAAUCUCUCUCUGAGUGAAGAUUUCAAUGGCUACUGAAACGGAAUCACUUGAAUCUCAUCACGCGGCGAAAGUUUUCACACCGUCUAAAUCACCUGUAAAGCCAAAACUCAACUCGAUCUCGAAAGUCAGAGUGAUCGUAAGGGUUCGCCCAUUUCUGCAGCUCGAAAUCGCAUCUAGAGGUGACAGCGCCACCUCUUGUAUCUCCGUUCUCGAACAGGAGAUUUCUCCUGUCACGGUUCUUCUCAAAGAUCAUGAAACCAUACGAAAUGAGAGCUAUAAAUUGGAUUCAUUCUUUGGAGAAGAAGAUAAUAACCUGAGCCAGAUUUUCUACAGAGAAGUUAGUCCCAUGAUUCCAGAGAUCUUUCUUGGCUGUAAUGCCACUGUCUUUGCUUAUGGGGCUACUGGCAGUGGCAAAACAUAUACAAUGCAGGGAACUGAAGAGAUUACUGGUUUAAUUCCCUUAUCCAUGUCAACAAUUUUGUCCAUGUGCCAAAGCACUGGAAGCACUGCAGAGAUUUCAUACUAUGAAAUCUAUUUGGACAGAUGUUAUGAUCUUCUAGGAAUUAAAGACAAAGAAAUCACAAUCUUAGAAGACAAAGAUGGACAGAUACAUAUCAAGGGACUUUCGCGCUCCUCUGUUAAAUCCAUGUCUGAAUUUCAUGAGAUUUUCUCCAGUGGAAAUCAAAGGCGAAAGGUUGCACACACGUGUUUGAACGACGUUUCAAGCAGGAGCCAUGCUGUGCUAGUAAUUUACAUUUGCAAUGCCAAUACUUGUGUUGACGAUUCUCACAAUGUCGUUACUGGCAAGUUGAACCUUAUUGAUUUAGCAGGAAAUGAAGAUAACAGAAAGAUAUUCAAUGAAGGGAUUCGGCUCCAAGAAAGCUCCAAAAUAAACCAGUCCUUAUUUGCAUUGUCAAAUGUCAUUUAUGCACUGAAUAACAACAAAUCUAGAGUACCUUAUCGAGAUAGCAAACUAACUCGAAUACUUCAAGAUUCUUUAGGAGGAAAUAGUCACGCCCUCAUGGUUGCUUGCUUGAAUCCAGGAAACUACCAAGAAUCUGUUCACACAGUCAGCUUGGCAGCUAGAUCACGCCAUAUCUCUAAUACUAUUUCUUCGGCUCAAAGAAAUGAGACCCCGGAGGUUAAAGUUGACAUGGAAACAAAACUCCAUGCUUGGCUGGAAUCGAAAGGUAAAGCAAAGAAUGCAAGACCAUUCGAAUCACCUUCUUGUAACAAAACUCCAAAGGCUAUGAACUCGAUGAAGCUGCCUAUUGCAAAUAGGAGCUCUACAAAGCAAACAGCUAGCAACAAAUCAUGUUUCUCUAUUCAUGAUACAAAAAAAAGGUUUCAACAUGUUCCUAACAGAAAACUUUUCAAUAAUGAAGUUUCUAGUGGUAUUGAUUGCACAAUUGAGCAUUUACAGCAUGUGGAAGAAGAUAUUCAUGAGAUCAGGAAACCUGCCGAGCAUGCAUCAGGAUCAGUGAACAAUACAGAGAAGAUGAUUAUAACUAAUUUAGGGGACGAGUCUUCAUCAAUUUGCGAGAAUAUACAAGGACUUCAAUCCUCCCUAAGAAAAGUGCUCACUCCGAUUAAUUCAAACAUAAACGCAGAACAGAUUCCCCGAGGGGACCGCGUAUGUGUGGUGCUUUUUGAUCCGAAAACACCCAAAACUUCACAUUCUGUUGUGCAUUGGGCUGAUGAGAGCUCUGAGAUUGUCGGCACUCCACUUGAUAAGUUUAAUUCUCAAAGCUCUAAUUUAAAGACUUCUCUUAUCCAAGAAUAUGUCAAUUUUCUGAAUAAAGCAAGCAGAGAGGAACUUAUAGAAUUGAAGGGAAUUGGACAGAAGAUGGCUGAUUACAUACUCGAGAUUAGAGAAGAAAGUCCUCUAAAAUCACUAAAUGAUUUAGAAAAGAUAGGUCUCUCAUCCAAACAGGUGCAGAAUAUGUUCAACAGAACCGCGAAAGGAAUAUUCAAUUGACUUCGAAAGCAACUUCUAGUUGCUUCACCAGUCUUUGUGUGUGUUUUCGAUUGCGUGCUUUGUGUGUGUUUUCGAUUGUGUGCUUUGUGUGUGUUUUCUAGUGUGUUUAGUGUAUCAAAUUAUGUCAAUUUGCUAUGAACAAUGCAUAUUGUUAACUCUUCUCAUUAUUGUAGCUGCUACAGAUA